AUGUCGAAGCCACCUGUAAACAUCGCAGUUCCUCCCCCAGUCCAGCAACAACAAGCUCAACAGCAGCAACAGCAGCUCCAACAGAAGAAGAACCCCCAGAAAAACCAGCAUCCAAACCAAAACCAAGAAUCUGGGGAAUGGACAGACGAGAAAUUAGUAGACGCGCUGAAGCGUCUUGAUGAUCUCCAUUCCAAGUUGAUUAGCCUUCGCACUGUGAUCCCGCGGUUGACGUUGCCGUUGUCGACGAGCCAUCCUUCCCCCGCAGAACUAUAUGAAGAUCUUUCGACCCGCGCCCGAGGCGCGUCCGAAGAAGUUCUCGCAUUCAAUAAACUAUUCGUCGAUUCAGCAGGCGUCUUCGAACACGCCAACCAGUCGCGAGCAAAAAACCCUCAGGGGAUUCAAGCUGUGUCGGUCUACGACAUGUUCUAUCCAGACGAUGGAGAAGAAGAAGAAGAAGCCAUCGAAGUGGCAAAAAAGAAAGACGAGGACACAGAGAUGAAAGAAGGCGACGAAGAAGAGAUUGAGGAAGAAGAGGUCGUGGAAGAUACAAAAGAGGAGGACGUCGAUGGGUUACUCGAGGCAUUCAAGGGAAACGACGCUGGACUGAAGAUUGAUAUAGAGGUGAAGGACUCAGGAAGGACGGUCAAGAUUACACUACCACCGCCGGCAGACCUACUAUUCACCAUCGAUAUCCCGUCAUCUUCGCCGACACAUGAUAUUACGGACCCAUCUUCGGCCGCAAGGCGAUUUAUCGUGUCUUCAGUGACCAAUGCGAAAAAGCCCGAGCAAGCAACGCCCCAUUUAUACACCUCCAUUCUCCGUAGCAUCACUACGAGGCCAAAUGCUGGGAAUCUCCAGCUCCUUUUGGAAAUGCUCACGACCUAUAUAACUAUAUAUUCCGCCCCCUGUAAAAAGUGCGGGAAAAUGACAGCGGGUAGCAAGGUAGAACUACCUGUUGUCCGGAAUAGAGAUACUAUACUUGUUGAGAUAGAUGAACCUAUUGGUGGGGUAAGUGCAGGUGCAGGUGGGAAGAAGAAAGGGAAGAAGAAGGAGAAGGUUUGGGCACCGUAUCAUGAGGUUUGCAUGUAG